AUGGGUAUUAAACGUGUGGUAGAUGAUACUACUGUAAACACUAAUAAGAAAUCGAGAUCAAAUGUUACGGUGGUGGAACAUGAAAAUGAAGAACAACAACAAGAAUUGCCGCCAACAACUACAGAUACUGCCAGUUUAACAAAAAGGUUGCAUAAAUAUAACCUGGAUUAUAAGACAGAUCUUAGUCAACAUUUGAAAGAAAUAUAUGAUCCAAAAUCGAAAUGGUUUAGUAGACCAAUUAAAUUGAAAUUCGACCCCAAAAAUCAUUUACCAUAUCAAAUUGAAUCACAUUUAGAUAGAGCUAGAUACAUUUGUCACAUAGUAUUGAACCUAUACAUAUCCAUAAGUUCUCUAGAUAUUCAAGGGUUAAUCACAAUCACCGAUAAAGAUAUACGUAAUAUUAAAUCAGGUAUUAAUGAAUUUAUUAGUACAAGUCCACAGGAGAAAGAUAUUGCAAAUUUCGAUGAAGGAGAAGAAGAUGGUGAACCUGAUGAUUUUGAGGAAAAUGGCGAAUAUAUGGAAUUUGUUGGACCUGACUUUAACGCCGUUGGUAGAAUCACUCCUGAGACUAAAUGUAUUAUUAACGUUAAUCACUGGACAAAUGAAUUGAAAAAUUGUUUGGAUUUUAAUUUUCCUUUAUCACUAAGAAAAUCUUUAGUUAUCGUUUAUUAUCAUUUAUCUAUGGUACAAGGACAAAAAAUUUAUAGACAAUUGCAUAUAGAAGUCAUAGAAAAAUUAUUAGAUAGACAUAAUCAUGGUACAAAUUAUACUGAAUUACUUAAAGAAGAUGGCUUAGUCUUAGAUCAUACUAAAUUGUUUCAAUUUCUUUGUGAGUUCUUACCUUAUCCAGAUUCAGAUUAUAUCAGAUAUGAUAUUACCUCUAAGGAUGAUUUAAACUUAUUCAGACUAUUGUUGAAGUUAGCUCAUAUGUCAAAAUUAUUUUUUGAUCAAAGUGAUACCAAAUUAUUAGAGACAACAAUGAAUACUCUACUGGCAAGUAUUGCUCCAACCACUUUACCAAUCAUUUUACCAAUUAUGACUUCAUUUGUCCCUUACCAUUAUCAUACAGAAGAAAACACAACUAGUAUUAUAGAUUAUUUACCGUUUUGUUUUGGUCUAUGGGCUUCCACAAGUGCAAAUAUUUCAAUCGAUACACAUAUGUAUGAUUUUGUUGGUAAUAUCUUGGAAGAUUAUCAUGGUAGGGUUCUUCGUGAAAAAUUGUCAGAUAAAGGAUUUAAUCAAUAUGGUCUUUUUACUGAAGAACAAAUGAUCUUCUUAUUUAAUAGAUUGCAAGGUCAUUUAAGGACAAAUGGACAAAUUCAUUCUUUCUCAAGAACUGUUAGACCCUUUAUUUAUUCAAUCAAUGGUUCCGACAACAAAUUUUUCUUUGAAUAUCUUCAUACUUUGACUAGAGCUAUAGAAACAUUCGUCCAUCCAUCAAAUAGUGGAUUUUGGACAAAACCAAUUGCUAAAUUUAUUCACUCUUUUAUUAAGAUGUAUCACGGUAGAGUAAAAAGAGAACAAAGAAUUAAAUCUGAGGGACAUUCAACUCAUCCAAUGAUGUUAACUGAAGUAUGCCAUGAUAACUUAACAAAUACAUUUUUGAAUAUAUUGUUUAUUGGUGCUCAAAAUAAAAAUCCAGAUAUUUCAAAUUAUUAUAUUUCUUGUUUCGGUUAUUUGGUAGAAUUAAGUCCCAAGAGUACAACAAGUGCCUUAGAUAAAAUACUUGUAGAGUUAUAUGAUUCUUUAGGUGACGAAUAUAUCAAUUUCAGACAUAGAAUUAUUGCAUCGUUAAAACAAUUUAGUAGAGUGGUUAGAUUUAUGGUGAUGGAUAAGUUGUAUCGAGUCCAUAUUAUGAAUAUAUUAUAUAUGCUGACAACCAAACUAGAUAUGAAUGAUAUUAACCUUUCGAGUAACUUAAUUAAUGGUAUUGUUUCGAUAGCAUCCUUUAUUCCAUUCGAAGUACCUUUAACGGAAGACGAAUAUAUUAAUUUUGAGUCAAAUACUUUACCUUUCGUGGAACAGCAUUUUUACCAUUUAAAGGAGGGUCACUCGUCUAAUGAUUUCCAAUAUAACGAAGAGACUUUAGAAUCGGCGUUUAGAGGUUCCACUACAAUAUUGGGAGCUGUUCUGCGUUCAUACAUCGAUAAAUUGUUCAAAAUAGUUGAUACAGAACUAGAUGAAGGGUUCAUUACUAAGGUUAACCAAACUACAAUGAUCAUGAUUCAAGCAAUGGAUGAUUCCAUAUUUAAAAUGUUUACUGAACAAUUCACAAAACAAUUCUGGGAUAAUGAUACUUAUAAUGAACGUAACCCAAAUUUCGAAAUUUUAACCACCUGCUUAGCAUCACUUGUGAAGAGAGAUAUAUCGUUAAGUAAGAAUGUUUGUGGAACUUUAAUUAUUAAAAUAAAGGAUCAAAUUGAUCGUGGUGCUGGUUCAGUUAGAAGUAAUACAGAAAUCCAGAGGAGAGAUCUUAGAUUAGUACUAUACUUGACUGCGUUGAAUGAUGUUUUAAGACAAUCUUAUGAAGCCAUACUUACCUUUUCUGAAGAACUUAUUGAUUCUCUGGAAUAUAUUUUCAAAAAUAUUACAAAUCCACCAUUAGAUGUAAUCACUUCUAUUUUAGUUCACAGUACAUGUGCAUCAUUGACUACUACAGAGAUCCGGGAAGCCCACCUUUUCAGUAAAAAAAAUACGUUAACUUUUUCACAAAAAUGGGGUGCUUUACAAUUUAGUCCACAACGUUUCAUGGAUCAAAAUAUGAAUUUUGAAUGGCAUAUUCCAACUGCAGAAGAAGUAGAGUUGUGUAUCAAUAUUUUCACAAGAAUCACAAGCAAAUGCAUAGAUGAAAUCGAAAAUCUAUUAAAAGAGUCCAGUAAUGAAAAGGAUAGUAACGACAACAUUCAGAAAUAUAUUCUAAUUUUAACACACUCUUUAUCAGGUGCAAGUCUAUUGUUUGAUGCAGACUAUACUUCCUUACUAUCCAAAAAAUCAAUGGAAAGAUUGGGCGCUUUGUCGAGUGCAGAUUCGAGCAGAUUUGCUAGUCUCUCUCCAUAUGUAUUUCUCGAUCAAGAUAGUGAUAACGGCAAAGAUGUUGGCCCUGAUUUAGUGACAUUACCAACAGAGAUUGAUGUUAAAAACCCACUACAUAAUCUCCAAGAACAAUUAAUUUCGGAUGAGAUUAGUAAUGAAAUUGAUACCACUACAACAUCUGAAAUCCCAUCUCGAAUUGCAACACCAUUAUUGAAUCAUGAACAAUCUCCAACCGAAAGCGAAGAUGGAGCCUCUUCCUCAAGCGUGAAUAGAAUUCUUGGUACGACUAAUCCUGCUUUCAAAGACUUGGAUAUUUUUGCCUACAAUUAUUUUUUUGGUAAUACAGGCUCCGAGAAACUUAACAAUGCUUUGUAUCACAAAAUUAACAAUGAAAGAUUACAUAUCGGUCAUUUCUAUCAUAGAAUUUUUAAGUUCCUGUCCUCUAACCAUGAUACCAAUAUUAACAUUUACCAGGCAUUAUUACAUGGUUUGAAGGUUUGGUUCACUGAUAUUGGUAAGGAAACCAUUUUUAAUGAUGACCCAAAUCUGAAUUUAGAAUAUGAUUUUUUGGAAAAUAUACAGUCACUUCGUCAUUUAGAAGAACCUUUUACCAGAUCAUUAUUUGCUGUUAAAAUUAAUAAUUUACACCAGAGUAGAGUAUUGUUGCACUCCACAAUUCGUAACCCGUCUAAAUUAGAAUCUAAAUUGCUUAAUGAUGUAAUUAGUCUAUCGUGUUCAAUAUAUCCUGAUAUCCACAAACCUGCACAAGGUUGUUUGUUGCAUUGUAUGAAGCAACUUAUUGGUUCUUAUUCUAAUGUAAUCUGUUUCCUUUUGGGUGAUUUAAGAGAAAAUAUGAAAAAACAACAAAAUAAAAAGAUAGAAAUAAUUCUAAGAGUUUUGUGUUUGAGAAAGAUACAAAGAAGAUUGUUGUCUGAUUAUUCACAUAUGGAGGAGGUUACAUUGAUGCUAUUAGAUUGUUAUAAAAUAAAUGAUUUGGACAUAUCUGUAUACGCUGAGAAAUUAUUGCUCGAUUUAGUAACUAGUAUUAAGAUUCCUUCCUCAAUUUGUGUGUAUGAUAAUAAUAUGUUCACACCUAUCGAUCCAUCUGAUAGUGUCAUAAAUGAGCGUAUAGAAUUAAUAAAGGCAUCCAAAGAUAAAAAACGUAGGGUAUAUUAUUCAUUAUUAUCCAGUGUUCAAAAUUCUCUAAUAUCUUUAUUAGAUAAAAAUGAUGAGAGGAACUGGAAAAUUCCAACUUUUAUUAUUCAAUUCAUCGGUAAGCUUCAGGCAAGUUUAGAAAUUCAAACAUCAAAACAAUCAAUACAAGCCAUUUUCUACCAAACCAAAGAGAGACAUCCUGAAAUGGUGCAUUUGGUUGUGAGAUCUUUCUUAGCCAUUGCAAAUAAGGUUAUUUCGUUAUCAGACUAUAACUAUGAUAUAUCUAAGGCAUAUCAAAGUACAUAUGAUCCACCAUUUGUCUCAGAAAUUGAUACCACCAUUAACAAUGAAUUCCAAAGUGUUUUUAAAGCAGAAAUGUCGAACUUUAACAAUCCAAAGUAUUUUAUUGAUGGAAAGGCUUACGUAGGUUGGUUAUGUUGGGGAAAACCAAUAAAGGUUUUGCAAAAUUCUCCUAUUAACAUUAAAUUACAAGAAAACGAAACAGAAGUUUUCAUGAAUUUAGGUAAAUUGAUUACUAAACAAUGGUUAGAAGAUAUGAUGAGGUGUUUGAUCCAGGACAAUGAGACGAAUUGCGUGUUUAGUAGCGGAGACGUAUCAUUUAUGGUCAUCCUUAUCGUAUUAAUAACUAGAAAGUAUACCACCAACUUAAAAAUUGAUGAUCUAUUUGAACUUUGUUCAUUAUUCUAUAAUAGGUAUGAUAAAUCCUCUACCAUUAUGUCGAUUGAAAUUUUGGCUGCUCUGAUAUGUGGUUCUAGGUAUAUGAAUGAAGAAGAAAAGAAAAAGAGGGAUGAAUUUGUUGAUAAAUUUAUGAAGGAUGCAUUAGAUAAUGAAUUUAACCAGGAUGCAUUCGAAAUUUGGGGAACAUUAUGCUGGUGGUUACCGUCUGUUGUUGACGUUAGAAGAUGUUCUGUAUUUUUCAAAAAUUUUGAUAAUUCAAAAAAGCUUAUGGAUAAAUCUUCGGAACAAUUUGGGAACCAAGCUUCAAGAAUAUUAAUGUUGGGUAGUGUUCUGAUGAGUAUGGAUUUUAGAUCACCUAAUAUCGAUUACAUUAUUGAUGAUAUAGUAUUUGAUCAUCCAUAUGAUCAAGUUCGUGAGGCUAUUGGUAGACUUGUAAGUAUAAUUUGUCAAAUACAAACUACCCCAUCGUAUAAGAACGUAAAGGCAUUACUAGAAGUUAGUCCAGGAAAUUCCAAUAGCUUAGGAGUGGUAUUAAGUCCAAUUCCUGGUAAGAUUGAUUUGCUUAUUAAAGAACAUUUCCAUAAAAUAGAUGUAGAAUAUGAUAAAAUUACUGGAAUGACACCCCAAGAUAUUUUGAAAACAUCAUACUAUUAUAUGAGUUCAACAAUGUUCCAUUGGCUCCAAGAUUUAAUAAGAAGUCCAAACAAGUUAUCAAUUGUUCCAUAUGUUGUGACAUAUAUCCUGCCAUUUUUAUUGAGAUUGAUGAAGGAAAAAGAUGUUUGUACCUUAGGUGGUAUAGACGCAUCAACAGACUUUUUGGCUAUAUCAUACCUACCUAUGAAUAAAGAUCAGAUUCAGCAUAUUAUUGAUUUAAUGUGUUCUAGUUGUGAACAAUCUCAAUCUACCAAAACAUCCUACGAAAUUAAAUUGAAAUUGGCAUUUAUUCAACAUUUCAUAUCUUCUGAAUUAUUACAACUUACUGACAAUCAAAGAGAAUUUAUAUUGGAUUUUGUGGUAUCUCAAGUUUAUAAUUCUACUUUUGUUGAAGUCAGAAUUCGGGCGGCAGAUGUACUUUCGGAUAUAGUUCACAAUGUUAAAAGCUCUGACGAGCUGAACAACUUAAUUGACAGAUUUUCCAAAAAAUUAGAUGGGUUUUCUUGGGAACAAAAGAAACAAUUAUCAAAGACUGAUACUUUGAUUCAUGCAUCAGUUGUGGCAUUAGGUGCCAUUAUAUCAGCUUUCCCCUAUGUUUUCCCCUUGCCAAGAUGGAUGCCUGAACAAUUAUCAAAACUGGCAUCGUGGGCAAGAACAAGUGGUGUUGCCGGACGGUCUGCGAAGGACACUAUUAGUGAGUUUAAGAAAGUAAGAGCAGACACAUGGAAGUUUGAUAGAACUCAAUUUACCACUGAAGAAUUAGAAGAUUUGGAAGGUGUUCUUUGGAGAAGUUACUACGCUUGA